GGUACAUGAAUGUGGCAAAUAAGCUUGGUAACAGCUGGAGUAGCAGUCAGUGCUCAUUCUGCAUCUGGCAUCACCAAACUGCAGUGAGAAGUGUGUAAUGUCACUGAAGGAUACAAACCAAGCCAAGCCACUAACGAUUGAAAAUGUAUCUGCAAUAUCCAACAAACCACAGGAAGUACAACCAAAGUCCACAAUUGUGACCAUGCCAGAGAAUGACGACAAUGCAGAAGACAAGUGGAAGGACUAUGUGCGACAACGACGAAUUUCACAUAAACAUAUACCGUUUAAAACAGAUGCUGAGCUAGAGACCACAGAUUCUGCCACAUACAUUGGCCUGAAAAGGCUGACAGAUGCAGGACAACAAAUAGUGAUACCAAAUCCACCUCCAGGGACAAGCAAUCAAGACCAAAGCACCGGUGUUUCCCCCACAACAGCUUUCCUUCAGUAUUUUAUCAUAGUAUCGAAGCGGGGCAAUGAAAGAGAGAUUGAUUUGGAACGCUUGAAUACCAUGUUGGAAAGUGGAGCUGAUAUCAAUGCCACUGACAGAUAUGGACAGGGCGUUUUGCAUGGGGCAGCCAGAACAUGGCAUCCCGACGUUGCCAAGUUUCUGAUUGAGAGAAAUGCUGACGUGAACAAGCCUGAUAACUAUGGUGUAACUCCACUGCACGUGGCUGCGGCAGUAAAUUAUCCUGAAAUGGUUGACUAUCUUCUGGACUGUGAUGCGGACAUUGAAGCAAAAACAUCGGGAAUGAUGCAGACACCCGUUCACUAUGCUGCCAAGUAUGAUGCUGCUACAGCCCUGCACUGUCUGUUGAAACAUGAUGCUAACAUGAAGGCUCGAGACUACAAACAGCGAACCCCUUUGCAGCUGGCAACAGAGCUUGAUCGAUCUGAGUCAGCUCGAUUGUUAUUGCAAUACCAAGCAGAUGCAGGAGUUCAUGAUAAUACAGGACAGUUGUGCCUUACAUUGAUGGCAGCAAGUAUGUCUCAACUUGCAUAUACGGCCUUGGAUCAAUUCAUCUUUAAGGACAGAGCUAACCGAAAACAAUACUUCAUGUUGAACCUCCUGAUACCCCAACCUUCUGAAACAGAUAAUAGCCGUGCCAAGUCAUUGCUUGAGGUGAUUGUCCAAUAUCGACAGCUGGACCUCAUCAUGCAUCCUGUUGUGCAGAAAUUAAUUCAAAUUAAAUGGAAACGCUUUGGGAGGAGAGGAGUCACAAUCAUGUUGGUGCUAAAUAUCCUCUUCAUCUUGGCUUGGACUGUUCUUGGACUUACUUCCUCUCUAUCAUAUUCUGAAGAAUUGAAGUACGAUCUACCUAGUGACUGGUGGAAAGUUCUUAUUGGUAUCAUAGCAAUUGGACUUACUGGCUAUCAGCUUGUAGAGGAAUUUAUUGAAAUCCAUUCGUCAAAUGUCAAGUUUAGUUCCUGGAAGGAUUGGAAAAGCAAGGAAAUAAUGAAGGACCUCAACCUAUGUCACCCACGAUGGCCAGAGGAGGAAUCAUACCUAAAGAAACAGCUGGCUGGACUGGAAGAACUGCAUCCCCACUAUUUUAAAGAUUUUUGGAAUUUGUUUGACUGGAUGGUUUAUCUGCUGCUCUUUGCUCUCAUAGCAACUCACGCUGUUGAUUUAACAACUGAAAGCGAGUUCAUUCAUGUUGCACAUAUUCGACUAUUUGCUGUGACUAUCAUAUUCCUUUGGCUUCGGCUCAUGAAGCAUGUCCGAGCUAUUAGAGCUCUGGGACCUUUCAUUGUAAUGCUUGGGAAGAUUGUUGUUGACCUCUUGAAGUUCCUCUUUCUCUAUGGAGAGUUUUACAUUCCUUUUGCUUGUGCAUUUUGGAUCAUAUUUGGUGGGCUAGUAUCAAACAUGACAACUUUGCCCCAAAUGAUGUUUACUGUCUUUCGUAUUACGUUGGUUGAUGAUUAUGGGUUUGAGGAUAUGUAUGCCAAGGAUCCAGUAAUGGCAUAUUUUCUUUGUGGAAUGUUUCUUGGGGUCUCAAGCAUCCUCUGUAUCAAUCUGCUAAUUGCACUGCUAUCUGACACGUUCCAAAGAGUGUACGACAAUGCAACUGCAAAUGCAGCCAUGCAACAGGCUAGCAUAGUACUGUACGUUGAAGAUCAUCUCAGUCAGAAGAGAAAGAAUAAGUUCCAAGAAUAUAUUCACAAUUCAUGUGCACCUUUAGAAAUAUUUUUUGAUGAUGACCUGACAAUGGAUCAAGAAGAUGAUCUCAAAAAAGUCACCAUUCAAAUAAAGGAAGAUAUAGAUAAUCUCACAAAGUUAUUACAAAUGGAAGAAUGGGAAAAAGCUGAAUAUGAACAGAGUCCUAGAAGCAGGCUUUCGAGAAGGUUUUGGGGGACCAGCCAAAGCCAAAGUCAAGAUGAAGAUUCAGAAGACGGCAUGACAUUAAAUAUAGCAGUGCAUGAAGAGAUUUCAAACCUGCAGUUGAAGGUUUCAGCCCUUUAUCAACAACAGGAAAAUGCUACUGCAAAGUUCACCAGUGAAUUACAGAGAACACAAGAUUUGCUGAACGAAAUUCUAAGGCACAUUGGAGCUGGAACCAGUGGUACUCAUUCAUCUCAUGAGCCACAAGCAGAUGUUCAGGAUCCCAGUCACAAAUGACUCCUUGGCAAGUAAACAAUUAAUUCAUCGAGCUGAUAGAAACUGAGAGUUUCUAUUUAAAGAGGAGCCUGAUCAAGAAGUCUGGUUAAAAAAAUACUGCUAAAGAAAUAUCAACACAAAUCAUUCUGUAGAAACAUAUCAUUAUGAGAGAUACACGGAAACUGUGUGCUUCAGAAUAAAAGAUGAAUACAUUAAAGAUUUACUAAUUACAGCAUUAUAUGUUAUUGCACUAAGCUUUAACCAUUGCCUUUUCAUGUUUAGAAGCAUCUUUGGAUUUUAGGUGCAUGGGUUUGAUUUACCUUAAAUGAUGGAACUUUGCUCAUACUACACCAAAAUUCUUAGUAAAGUAUUCUUGCAAGGCAGUUGCAAAUGCAGAUUCCAAAGAGUUUGGAGAUAAUCGUUGGCUUGGUGUGAUAAUAUAAAAUAGGUAACAGCAAAUGACCAAUCUAUUUAAUAUCUCUCCCAAUUUUUGUUGCCAAUGACUUCAAGAUAUGAUAUCUUUGGAGUUUCUUGCAAAAUUAAAAUUCUAAAGUAUAUUUUCAAAGAUACUGAAACACCUAUGCAUCUUUAAUAAGGAAAUGCUGAAUCCCAAAGAUUUAAAUGUAAAUAAAUGUUAAAUGCAGUGCUUUCAAAUCAAGGGGAAUUCCUAUCUAUUUUCCAUUCAUUCUCCACUCAACAAUAUUCUCAAAUAAAAGAUACAUGUUCUGCUGUUACCAAUGAUUCCCCGCCAUUACGUGCUAUGGGCUAUUUUUUGGUAAGGGUCAGGUCAAUUUACUAAGUUGAAUUUUGUUGAACGUGAGAAUUAUUACUCAGAGACCUAUGGAUUUAAUUACAUUCUUGGAAGACAUUUCAUGACUAAAACACUUGAGACUUCUUCCUCUGGUGAAGUUACUCCAGAGCAGAAUGUCUGUCUUUUGUAUUUCUGCACCAAUGAUGUAGCAAAUUUUGAUAUCUGUGCAAUAUCUGCCUGAUUUCAAGCAUGGAAUCGCCAAGAAAAUACCUGUGAUAGCAUAUCAACUCUUGUGCUUUUAAGAAUUAAGAGCUUUGAAGUGCCUAAGAGGAAUUUGCAGCACUCAACUUAUUGUCUUUGAAAUGUUCAGGGAAAUUUCAAAACAAUAGAAUCCAAUAAAAUUUUGGGGGGGAUUUAUGUUCCAUGUUUAUGAAGAACUAAAGCUGCAGUAACACGUACAAAGAUAUAGCUGAUUUGCUUUGAUUGUGGACUCCAUGAAACAUGUGAAAUUACUUAUCUGCGAAAUUGGGAUAAAGUUGCUUUCCCAUGCAUUGAUUUUUCAAAAUGUGGAUGUACAGAAAUUACAAAGCAUUAUUAAAUAACUGCUUUACUUUUAAAAUAAUAAAUUUUAAAAUAUGUCAGUUACUUGCAAGUCCUAAUUUUUGCUGAUUCAUUAGUGGAUGUGCCUUCAGCUGCCUAGAUGCUAAACAUAUCCACCGCUCAAUGUCUCUCGCUCUUCCUUUUAAGAUGUUCCUUAAAACUUAUCUCUUUAAAUUAGCUUUUCAUGACCAUUCUAAUUCCUUAUGUGGCACAGUGUGAAACUUUGUUUCGUCACAUUCCUGUGAGGCACCUUGGGAUGAUGUUCUUUGUUGACAACACGAUACAAAUGCAAAUUGUUGUUGAUUUGUAAGAUAAUAUGAGAUGAUUUGUACAUUAUCACCUGAAGCCACCUAACUUUUAUAUCUUUAAAUGUUGCUGCUUUCCGUUUAUGAUUGUAGAAAUAAACUUUAUCAUGUGAAAAAUUGUGCAAAAUGUAAUAAAUUU